AUGGCUGCUCCAAGAACUGUUAGCGCCUACGCUGCCUUCGAGCCAUCGGGCAACAUCGUACCGUACCAGUACGAGUCUCGUCCGCUUGGUCCUGAAGACGUCGAGAUCAAGAUCUCACACUGUGGCAUCUGCGCCUCGGAUAUCCACCACCUCAACAGCGACAGAAGGCCUACAAUGUACCCGUGCGUGGCUGGCCACGAAGUCAUUGGUGAGGUGACUGUAGCUGGCCUCAGUGUGAAGAACCUGGCGGUGGGCGACCGCGUCGGUGUUGGUGCACACGUCUGGUCGUGCCUCAAUAGGGACCCCAAAAGGCCCUGCGAGGACUGCGCCGACGGAGAGGUUGCCUACUGUGAGCACACGGUGAUCGCAUUCAAUGCGAAGUAUGAGGACGGGGCGAUGGCGUAUGGCGGCUUCGCUGAGUACGUUCGAGUCGACAGCAACUUCGCGUUCAAGAUCCCCGACAACAUUCCGUCCGCUUCCGCUGCGCCGUUGCUGUGUGCUGGUGUGACUGUCUUCACGCCACUAAGGCGCUACGUGAAGCCUGGCGAUCAUGUGGGUGUCAUCGGUAUCGGUGGGCUGGGCCAUCUCGCCAUCCAGUUCAUCCGUGCGUUAGGUGCUACCCCAGUUGCAUUCUCGCGCUCGGCCGACAAGGAGGAGGAGACGCGUGCUCUCGGUGCCGAGGAAUUCUACAACUUGAGUGACCCCGAGGAUCAGAAGAAGGCCGAAAAGUCUGUCAACGUGUUGCUGCUGACGGCUGAUGCCCCUAACAUGCCUUACAACACGUACUUGACGCUGGUGAAGAAGCGCGGCACGUUCAUCAUGGUUGGUGUCCCCAAUGACGAGGUCAAGUUUAAGCCAAUGUUUGUGGUGGCCAAAGGCAUCAAGUGGGUGGGCAGUCUCGUUGGUUCCCUGCAGGACACCAAGGAUAUGUUGACACUUGCGUCGGAGAAGAACGUGCGUGCCAUCGUCCAGCAGAUGCCCAUGAGCAAGGUGAACGAAGGCGUCGCGAUGAUGCGCGAGGGGCGUGCUCGUUACCGCGUAGUGCUUGAGAACUAG